CUCCCAUAGAAAUUGACAACUCGCGUGCAAUUUCCCCAACCUUGUUAUUGAUGACGAUGACGAGUAAAAGUUAUUUUUGUCAUCCUUACUUACGCGAAUCAUUCUUCUGGUAUAUGUGAAUUUGUUUUUAACAUGGCUAAAUCAUUCGCGCUUCAAAAAAAGAACAAUCUUUCUAAAAUAGACUGCAGUCGAAAGGGAUCUAUUGAUGCACCUAUCUUAUCUCUUUGCCAAUAUAUCAAUUCCCAAGAACAAUACUUCACAACAAGUUCUUGUUCUGGCAGAAUUACAAUAUUCAAAGAUGCUGAAUCUGAUGGAGUGAAGAAGAAAGGCUGUCGAUGGCUUUUUACAACUCAUGAACUGGUCCAUCUUGAGGAUACUAUAGCACCACUCGAAGAAAUAACUGGGAAUGCUGUUUUUAAAUUUGAACCCUUUGUGAUGCAUAUUCAAUGCCGAGAAUUACAUGAUGCUCAAACGAUUCAUGCUGUAUCUGUUGCUUCUGGAUUUCGCAACUCUGGUAUUACAGUCAACAGAAAGGGGAAGAUUAUUGCUGCAAUAAGAAGCACUCAGUGUUUAGAAGUUCCAUUAUCAAAUAACGGUGAACUCCUUGUUUCCAAAGAGUAUAUUGAUUAUAUCAUUGGAAUAGCAAACCAAAAGAUGAGUGAAAACUUGACACGAAUUCAAAGGUUAUUUGAGAACCUACAAGAAGCAAACCUUAAAAGUUCUGGAUCUCACAUUUGAUUAUUUUAUAGUAAUAAAUAUUUUUGUAACAUAAAACAAUA